AUGGCCGAGGCCCCGCCGGGCACGGAGCUCUGCCCGCACUGCCGGCGGCCCUUCAAGCGGCUCCGUGCUCAUCUCCCGCACUGCAAGGCCGCGCCCGGCCUGGAAGCGGAGGGAGACGGGCGGCGGGAGGAGGCGGCCCUGAAGAAGAAGAGGAAGCGGGAGGCCGCGGCCCGGCCUCGGGUAGAGGCCCAGGCGUUGGUGGAGGCCGAGGCCCGCGAUGUGGCGCAGUCCCUCGACCUGCUGCCCGAAGAGGUGGCGGGAGUCCCGGAGAAACUUCGGGACGGGGUGAAAAUAGUGAUCGAAAAUCACCGCGUCAAGGUGGUGAGGGGAAGGAGCGGCCCUGGGGGGCAGUGCGGGGCUGGCUCCAAAGCGCCGCGAUCAGCCGAGCUCGAGGGAAGAAGUGCCCCGAAAGCAGCGCACGUGGAGGUGCCUGGCCACAGAGCUCCCGGCUCAAAGGGAGGAAAAGACACCGGUUUAAAUGCGGUUAAAACACGUGGGCUGCACGGUCACCCUGAAGCUGACGGCAGAAGGAGCCCCUCUGACCUCACUCAGCAGGAGGGAACAGACAAAACCCGGACAGAAGAGAAGCAGGUGUAUGUGGAAGCUGCUGUGGAAUACAAAGCCCCUCUUUCUGUUUUGCACGCCCAGAACCUCCAUCUGUCAGCAAGACAGGAUUGGAGAGGUCACAAGGAAGGGACAUCCAAAAAUUACCUAACCGGCAUACAAAUGCUCAGUGUGAACAAGAAGCAGAUGGCUGUCGUUUCCGAGCCCAUCCUGAAUGCAGGGAGGGACAGCAGGCUGGCCUUGGACCAGUCCUUGCUCCACACCUCCAAAAGCCAACCCAUCUGUCUCCCCCAGGCCUCUGGCAGAAGCACACAGUCAGGUGCCGUGGGUUUGGAGUGGUUUCCAGACUUACAUUCUAACUACCACAGUCUGAGCAUGUUUCCUGAGAAGUCUAUUCAGGAUGACGUGGGGAUCACAAUGAAGACACCAAAGGGCAAUUUCUCAGAAGGACAUCAAGGUCCUCUCUCAGAAAGGCACCUGAUGGAUGUAAGGCUGGGGGAGCUGCCCAUGUGGCUCACCACCUGUGAUUUUUCUCCCCGGGGGCUGCUUGGAGGCGUGCAGAAAGUUUGGAGCAGUUAUUACAACAAAUACAUCAACGUGAAGAGGGGUGGAGCAGCUGGAAUCUCCAUGCUCCUCGCUGGGUACUGUGUCCUCAGCUACAGCUGGAACUAUCAGCAUAUCAAGUGCAAUCGCUGGCGCAAGUACCACUGAAGAGGCCACAGCAACACCCAGGAAAGCGUGGUAAAUGUUUGACAGAAUCAGCACAAGCUCCUGGGACCAGCAGGGUUUGAAUCCUCAGUGAAACAGCAGAGGCCCAUUUCCUGUCAGACAGGCUCUCAAGCUGUUGGUACUGGGAGGAUGCUUUUCAGCCACCCUCCUGCAGGUAGAGGGGUGUUGCUGACAGCCUGCAGUCACUGCUCUGGGGUCAGUGUUUAGCACUGAAAGAGAAGAAGGUGUUAAGGCAGCUCCUCAGAGGUCUGAAUGCAGUAGAUUUCCUGUGGUAUUUGGCAAAGUAUGUGGUAGAUCAUUGCAGAUGGGGGUUAAUAAGUAACCAGAAUAACCAUUGCCUUAAGUUAUCAGGGCUGUACCAAGCACUGAGCACCUUCUACUUUCUUCUUGCCCCAGUAAGCAAGAUUAUGUUUGUAGUUAACUUGUGAAAGGAGAGCGAUGCCUGCAGAGCCCUUCUACAGAGGGGCUCCUGCUUCCCUUAAGCACUGCCUGUGGGUCUACCUGGGCUCUGAGACAGCUACAGGAAGGAUCUUUGUGGAGGUUUUAAAGCAGCAGCACUGAGAACACAGUGCCCUAUUUCUGGAGGAAGAAAAUCCAUUGGAUUAGCUGUUGUGCCCAAAGGGCAAACCGACAUCAGACAAAUGAGGACAGUUAUGGGAGUGCUAGUUGUAGCCUGCCAUCCUCAAACAUGUCUGGAAAAGGGUUGGUCAUGUUACAGGCACAAAAGCAGGCAAAAAAAAAAAAAAAAAUGAACUCCUUAUUUUAAGUGGGGUGCAGGAGAACUGUGUCAGAGGUGUUUCACAAAGAACUCCCUUCUCACCAGCAAUAAACUCCUUGUGAAUUUUUCUUUC